AUGAUAAAACGAAUUUACAUCGUAUUGAUCACAAUAUACAUAUCAGUGUGUACUAUUUCUGGACUCAAGUUAAAUCCAAAGAAGAUUUAUGAUGAAGGCAGACUAAGCUUCUCAGCUAUAGGUGCAAGCUAUGGAUAUCCCGUAGAGGAAUUAGAUGUAGUCACGGAAGAUGGAUUUAUUUUGAAAAUAUUUCACAUAGCUGGCGACAAGAGAAGACCAGUGCUUUUAUUACACGGGUUCAUAGACUGCGCUGACACGUUUAUUAUCAGAGGAAAUAAGUCCUUAGCCAUAACUCUCGCAAACAAUGGUUACGAUGUAUGGGCUCUUAAUGCAAGAGGAACAAGAUACUCAAGAAAUCACAUUCACUUGAAUCCUGAUAUUGAUUUGAAAUUCUGGGACUUUAGUUUCCACGAAAUGGGUUAUUACGAUCUUCCAGCAGCGAUAGAUUUCGUUUUAGAAAGAACAACUGAGCGGCAGCUGAGCGCUAUUGGUCACUCACAAGGCAACACACUUUUUUAUGUACUGGGAUCGACUAGACCUGAGUAUAACGACAAGAUAAAGGUAAUGAUAGCUCUUGCUCCAGUUUGCUUUCUGAAUUACGUAAAUCCGCCUGUGUCGUCCUUGAUAGCUACAAUACCGAUUAUCGGCAAUGUGUUACGCAGUGUUAAAACGGAAGAAUUGUUUAGUGAUAACUCUUUAUUAAGACAUUUGUUUCAAAUGUUGUGUACUCAAAGAGAAAUAGGCUAUCAAAUUUGUGGUCAUGGUUUGUUGUUUGCGCUCGGUGGUAGUGAUCCAGAUGAAUUGGAACCUGAAUUUCUACCAAUUGUUGUUGCUCACUACCCCACCAGCACGUCCAGAAAGAAUGGAGUCCAUGUCGGCCAAGUGGGAUUGACUAAAAAAUUUGUCCAAUUCGAUUACGGCCCGUUGAAGAAUGUCGCUAUUUACAAUGCCAUUUCUCCACCAAAUUAUGAUUUAAGAAAGGUGAAAAUGAAAAUAGCUCUGCUUUUGGGCAGGAAUGAUGGCAUAUCUACAAUAGAGGAUGCGGAACUUUUAAGAAAUGAAUUGUUCAAUGUCGUCGACUACCUUGUAUUGCCAUAUAAGAACCUCAAUCACAUUGAUCUUGUAUGGGGUCAGAAUAUGGACAAAUAUUUGUUUCCGUACAUAUUCUCUAUAUUGGAAACGUACAAAUGA